AUGAUUACACAUUCAGACUUUAUAAACUGAUAAAAUGAGUAAUAUCAAAAUUAGUUCAUAAAAAGGUUGAGUAUUAUAAAAAAUGAAUUAUUUAGUUUUCGCUAGAGAAUACAAAAAUAUAUUUCCAGAUGCUUCACCUGAUGAUGUCAAGCAAGCUUACGAAGUUAGUCAAAGAAAUGACAAUUUAGGAACUCGUUCAAUCCGUCGAUGUGAGGGUUUAGCUAAUAACGCCAAACUUACUAUUGAUUAUGGAAGACUGCUUGAAGUCAUUCAAGGUGAUCGUGAAUUAGGUCAGCAUCCAAUUCUCGUUGGUUAUAAACCACCAUCCAGAGAUACAUUAUGGGAACGUGUUCGAAAUGCUGGGUAUGAUAUAAUCAUUUUUGAUCGUUGGGAUUAUCAUGAGAAAGAUGUUGGUAAUGUAAUUGGGUACUUGAUUGAUGAAGUAAUUUUCACAAAGACUCCUGCUACGAUUGCACUUGUCUCGGGUGAUGGUGAUUUUUAUUGGAAUGUCAAAGUAGCCCUAGAACGAGGCUGGAAUGUAGAAAUUUGGGCUUGGAACUCAGGUGUUAAAUGA